AUGUCUUCUCCCUACAAGCCAACCACUGAAUCCACAGACCUGGACAAAAGCAAGAUGAACGACACGGCUGCGACUGCGACUGCGACUGCGACUGCGACUGAUCAAGCCAUGACCGGAUCUUCAGCAGAUACAUCUCUCCCAAAAUUCAGGGACGUUUUUAGAAUCCGACUUCCACGAGGCGCAGGCACAGGCUCAGACAGACACAAAAAUGUAGCCUGGACGAAUGUACCAACAAACCGAACCCUCCGCCGUCUCCCCAAACUCCCCGACUCUCCUGAGAGGCCCUCGUCCAGGACCGAGAUCGACAGAAAUCUCAACAAUAGGAUAGGACGCGAAGAGUUCCUCGCCAAACUCAAAGAUUGGAAGACAGAGAACAGCAAGUUGCACGCCAGAAACAAAGAUCGGAAGACAGAAAGCAGCAAGUUGCCCGACCAAUUCUACGACUUCAACACGACCGAGUUGACGCGUGAAUCCAUUCUGGCCGUCUUCCCAACCAAGUGGGUAUGGCAGGAAACACAUAUGGCCGCUCUCCAGUCGUCGCGAAUCCAUCACAAGGGUCUCCUUUCUCGUCUCGCGUACCUGUCCGUCUUCAAACGCACCAUCGUCCCUAAACUCCUGCUGCGCAGCCACAUGAUCAAGUCGGGAAACUGGACACUCAAUGAACAGAUCCUGUGCAACCACCGCGACUGGAUGCUCUACUGGAUCGGCAUGUCUGCAGGCAUGAUGGACAAGGUGGUCAAGCAUGCCAACUGGCUCAAGCUGCUCGAGGACGAAUACAUCAAGAUCGAGCCGGUGUGGAGAGAGUUUUGGGCGCUCCAAGACAUCCGAACGCCUAUUUUUUCACUUGACAGGCUGCCCUUGACAAGAAAGCAGACUCCUAGCCCGGAUCUUUACGAGGAGCUGGCAAACCACAACAAGAAGAGACUCUUCCUGCAGAGUCGGAUCGUCGAGGGCAGGGAGGUUCUGGCAAAGUUCUACGAGGACCCGCCGGCCUGGUUGGAGUGGAGGAGCGUGGGGACCGACGACAAUGAUGCCGGCGAGCAGCCUGAGACCGGGUUCGUCGAGGAGAUCGAGGAGGACCGAGAGAGCGAGGAGUUCGUCUUGUAA